AUGGGCGAUAAGCGAUUCAAGCUCAAGUACCCCGUGGGCCCCGCUCCGACUCUGUGGAACGAGGCGCCAGAAUUGCCGUCGGGCGAAGGACCGCCGGAACCCACCGGCGCGGCCUACGUGUCGGAGCCCACCGGCCUCCCGCUCUCCACGUCGGAGUACGAGCCCGAGGAUACCACCCACCUGCACCGGCUGGAUGAGGGCAGUGGUUCUCUGGGGCCAGGAGCCAUUGCGGCCAUUGUGAUUGCAGCUCUGCUGGGCACCUCCGUGAUUGUGGCACUGAUUGUCAUCACUCUGAGAAAAUUCUCCACUUCCUGA